UCACACACAUUACCACUGCUGUACUCACUGUUACUUGCUUUAAUGGCGGAUGAAUGUCUCCACUCUGUGCAGCUCGAGCUCGAGGCCGUGGGGAAGCAGAUUCGCGACCUGGAACAGAGGCAGGCCCAGCUGAGAGAGCGGAGAGCCACGCUGGAAUCAUCCCGGGCUGACGCUCACAAGUCCGGGGUAAGUAUACAGCGUGCUGUUAACAGUCCCACCACGUCUACUCCGUGUGUUUCUCUGCGCAGGGCCGGUGCACAAAGGACGCGAUCUUCCCAGAUGUCCUUCACUGCGACGCCGGGACACCACGGACCCUGGGUGCAUCCACAGCGGAGGACACGAGCCGGGUCCCGGGCGACGACUUCUCCCCCUCCUGCCUUCGAGAUCUCCCUCCAGAACCGCUUCGCUCCCCUCCGCGAGACAGGACGCGACGCUGUGAUCAUCGGAGACUCCAUCGUCCGACACAUACCCGCGAUCCUGAAGGACGACGAGAGCCCCAGAGCGGUCGUGCUUCACGCCGGGGUUAACGACACCACGCUGCGGCAGACGGAGACGCUGAAGAGGGACUUCAGGAGCCUGAUCGAGACGGUUCGCAGCACGACGCCGGCGGCAACGAUCGUCGUGUCAGGACCACUGCCCACGUAUCGACGAGGACACGAAAGGUUCAGUAGACUUUUUGCUUUAAAUGAAUGGUUGUUGUCAUGGUGUAAAGAACAGAAACUGCUAUUUGUUAAUAACUGGAAUCUUUUCUGGGAGCGUCCUAGACUGUUUCGCGCUGAUGGAUUACACCCCAGCAGAAUUGGAGCGGAGCUUCUCUCUGACAACAUCUCCAGGACACUUCGCUCCAUGUGACUAGUAAGACAAUUCUCAAAUAACCAUUAUGAUGAGUUUUGUUCCACCCGCUUAAAUGCUAAAAGUACUUGCGCUGUAAAACCUAUUAAGACUGUGUCUGUUCCCCGAAUAGUGAGGUCAAAAUAUAAAUAUAAAUAUAAUGUAGGAUCUAGAAAAAAUCUUAUCAUAAUUAAAUCAGAAAAAUGUAAAGUAAAUGAACAAAAACAAUUUUUAAAGUUUGGGCUCAUAAAUAUUAGAUCACUCACACCAAAAGCAGUUAUUGUAAAUGAAAUGAUCACAGAUAAUAGUUUUGAUAUACUCUGCUUGACUGAAACCUGGCUAAAACCAAAUGAUUAUAUUGGUCUAAAUGAGUCUACUCCACCAAACUACUGUUAUAAGCAUGAGCCCCGUCAGACUGGUCGUGGCGGGGGUGUUGCAACAAUAUAUAGUGAUAUUCUCAAUGUUACCCAGAAAACAGGAUACAUGUUUAACUCAUUUGAAAUACUUCUGCUAAAUGUUACUCUGUCAGACAUGCAAAAGAAAUCUAAUGUAUCUCUUGCUCUGGCUACUGUGUAUAGACCACCAGGGCCGUAUACAGAAUUCCUGAAAGAAUUUGCAGAUUUCCUCUCGGACCUUCUAGUUACAGUUGAUAAGGCGCUAAUCAUGGGAGAUUUUAAUAUUCACGUUGAUAAUGCAAAUGAUACAUUAGGACUUGCGUUUACUGACCUAAUAAACUCCUUUGGAGUCAAGCAAAAUGUCACCGGGCCCACUCAUCGUUUUAAUCAUACACUAGAUUUAAUUAUAUCGCAUGGAAUCGAUCUUACUGCUAUAGAUAUUGUACCUCAAAGUGAUGAUAUUACAGACCAUUUCCUUAUAUCGUGCAUGCUGCAUAUAACUGAUAUUAACUAUAUGUCGCAGCGAUACCGUCUGGGAAGAACUAUUGUUCCAGCCACCAAAGAAAGAUUCGCAAAUAACCUGCCUGAUCUAUCUCAACUGAUAUUUGUACCCAAAAAUACACAUGAAUUAGACGAAAUUACUGACAACAUGGGCACUAUUUUCUCUAAUACAUUAGAAGCUGUUGCCCCAAUCAAAUUGAAAAAAGUUAGAGAAAAACGUACUGUACCGUGGUAUAACAGUAAUACUCACUCUCUCAAGAAAGUAACUCGUAGUCUUGAACACAAAUGGAGAAAAACUAACUUAGAAGUUUUUAGAAUUGCAUGGAAAAACAGUAUGUCCAGCUAUAGACAGGCUCUAAAAACUGCUAGGGCAGAGCAUAUACACAAACUCAUUGAAAAUAACCAAAACAAUCCAAGGUUUUUAUUUAGCACAGUGGCUAAGUUAACAAAUUACCAGACGCCACCUGAUUCAAAUAUUCCACCAACGUUAAAUAGUAAUGACUUUAUGAAUUUCUUCACUGAUAAAAUAGAUAACAUUAGAAAUACAAUAGCGAAUGUAGAUUCUACAGCAUCUAACACUUCAGUUUCAUCCAUCGCACCCAAAGAUAAACUGCAGUGCUUUACAACCAUAGGACAGGAAGAACUAAAUAAACUUAUCACUGUAUCUAAACCAACAACAUGUUUAUUAGAUCCUGUACCCACUAAAUUACUGAAAGAGCUGUUACCUGUAGCCGAAGAACCGCUUCUCAAUAUCAUAAACUCGUCGUUAUCUUUAGGACACGUCCCAAAACCAUUCAAGCUGGCGGUUAUCAAGCCUCUUAUUAAGAAACCAAAACUAGAUCCUAGUGUACUGGCAAAUUAUAGGCCUAUUUCAAAUCUUCCAUUUAUGUCUAAAAUUUUAGAAAAAGUUGUGUCUGCUGAAUUGAGCACCUUCCUGCAUAAAAAUGAUCUGUAUGAAGAAUUUCAGUCAGGUUUCAGGCCCCACCAUA